AUGCCCUCGAAACGACACCAACCGACGCUCUUCACGCACCCAGAAAAUGACGCGGAUGACGAAGACGAGGAGUCCUGGCAGUCUGGCUCGCGCUCGCAUACAUACUCCACCAACUCCGGGAGCCUCAAGAGCAGGCCGAAGUCCAACAGGUCGCGUUCUUCGUUCUCCCCAAACUCGUCCAACGUGAACAUGCCGUCUACGUCCUCGAAUUAUACCCCUCCAUCCGCCCCACACUCCAACUACACCAACAUCUACAACCAGUUCGUGCGGCGAUACCGCAACAGCCGAAUGCCGACAGACGACCCCCGAGACGACCCGGAGAUGCAUUAUUACAACCGCGGCUUCGCGCAGCUGCUCGACGGGCCGGAUAGCGAUGACGACGACGCGCGCGGCGCGGCAGGAGCCAACGAACCGUACGACCGCAUUUCAUCCCUCAUGCUCGACUCGGAGCCGAUUGAGCCACAGUCCCUCGAGGAACGCGAGCGGCUGGAGUGGCAGACGAUGCUCGCGUCCGUCCUCGCCGGGGACGUCCUCAAGGCGGAGAACACGCGGAUAUCCGUAGCGCUCCAGUCCUCGACCCUCGUGGAGCACAACACCCGCACCGAGAUCUGGCUCGGCAUCCGCGCGCGCCUGCACGGGCACACCAUCGACGAGGAGCGGCGGCGGCUGGAGGAGCGCCGCCUGCGCAUGGUGGACUCGGUCAUCAAGGAAGUCAUGGACUUCCGCGUCCAGGACCCGGCCGCGGGCUCGUCCGACAGCCGCCAGACGGCCGCGCUCCAGCAGGUGAACGCGCUCCUCCGCCGGCUGGACAUCGCGCACUCGCUCUACUCCUCGCUGCGCGCGUUCUACCAGGACUACCCUGCCGCGACGGACGUCGGCUUCCAGUCGCGGUGUGACACGCUCAACACCUGGUCGACCGUCCUGACUUCGCUCCGACAACUCCUCCGUACGCUCCGGAAAUGGACAGGGAACGAAACAAUGCACGUCACCGCGCCAUCUUCAGAACAUGCAACACCUACGUCCAAUAGCGACGGGACGACUGGGGAGAUGACGUACGUAGAACGGCUGCUGAAGGAGGAGGGCGUCCAGCGGCAAUUCGAGAAGGGCUCGAUGACGACCAUACACGCACUGGUCGGUACGACUCGCGACGCACACGUCAACCUCGCGCCAAUGUUCAAGGAGAUGAACCUUCCGUCAUUUGAGCAGGAGCUUGUCCCGCUGGUCUCCUUCCUCACAGAUCUCGCCCAGGCUGUCCUCCGGGUUCGGCUGUCUUACGCUCAGAAGCUCAAGAACCCAGACGUCCUCAUCAUCGACCAAAUGACCGACGACCUGAAGGUCAAGAUUGGCUUCGCAUGUACGCUAAAACGACAGUAUGAAGCUUUCUUGAUACCCGAUCCUGGAGGCAAUUGGAAGCUACCCCCUUGUAUCGACGUCAACUACGACUCUACCAUCCUUGAAGCGCUCACGUUCUUCUUCAAGCUCAUACAUUGGAAGCUUAAGAGCGGCAUCAAAGGAGCCUACUUCAAAGAGACAGACAUCAUCGAAGCUCAGUGGGCCACCUUCAGCGACGUCAGUCUCACCAUACCCGGAGGAGCCUCUCUUGUAGCCGAGCAACUUUGUGCGCUUACAAAUAAGCUCAUUGUCCGCGUAACAAAUUAUUUCGACACUUCCAUACGAGUGCCUGGAAUGUCCGAUGGUCCAAUCAGCGCGGUGCUAUCGGAACGCGUACGCAACUCAAUGCGGGUAAACGGGACUAACGCUGCAGGACAGCAGCCGCUUGCCAACGGCCUUCAACAUCCUGCAGGCGUGCCGAAGGAUCGACUUGUCGGCUGGUACUCAAAGGUCCUGGAGGGCGUCCGGCAGCGCUCUCGAAAACUGCAGCGUCUUGCACGGGUCCUCUCAAAUCGCUUCAGUGAUUCCGCUGAGUAUGACCUGGAAUACGUCAACAUCGACCUGUUCAUUGCAACACUGGUCGAAAGCGAUCACUUCCUCGUCUACACACAACAUUUUGAGGAGGACGGGACGUACAUUGUCGCACCCCCUGGUCUCCGCAAUCACCCUGAAAUCAUCCGCCGGCUCCUUGUGGAUGCAUUCCACGUCAACCAGAUAGACGAGACAACAUGGCUGAUGGAGAGCGGCGACCCGGAACCAGACCAGGAUGAAGAUGCUUGCUAUCUACUCAUUCUGUCGCCACGGACGCGUUUCCUCUGGAACGGGUUUGUGGUAGUGCUGCCGGUACCCAAGAUCGACUUGGCGCUAGAAGACAACCGUGUCCGGCUGGUGGCCGACGGAUCUCAACAUCGUCUCCGGGCUGCGAAACGCCAUUUCGCAGAACUCUUUGAGCCUCAAGAGGAUGAAGAGACCGGGGAGCUCAUAGAUCCAGUCAUGCCACCAUUGACAUGUUUGAUCGAAGCUCAGGCUCACCUACCGUCUGUCAACCGCGAGUUGCGUAAGAUCACCCGCGCCACGAAUCGUCUUGCCGAGUCUAUCGUCGAAUCUGUACAGAAUGUCCGGGAAACGUUGCAAGACACCAACAACUACCAGGAACUUCUGGAAAACUGGUACGUGUUCGCCUCCGACCACGGCUCGCACGCGCAGAAAUACAUGGACCGGCAAACGGCGCCCCGACAUAACCAAGCGCUCAUCAAACUCGCUAUCUCCUGGGUCUCCUUCAUCUGCGACGACUGCGACCCGAACGACCGGAAGAUCUUCCGCUGGGCCGUGCUCGCGCUCGAAUUCACGCUGUCACGCACACGGCGGAACAACAUCCUCCAGGUUCCGGACGACCAGUUUGAGCUCCUGCGGCAGAAGGUCGCGAGCUGCAUGACGUUACUCAUCUCCCACUUCGACAUCCUCGGCGCGCGCUCCGCGCUCGACGCCAAGCGCGAGAAGGAGCGACAGGAGGAGCUCAUCCGGCAGCAAUCCUCGAACCGGAUGUCGGAGGAGAUCGAGGAAGAUGCAGCGCUCCCAGUCUCUUCCGAAGACGUCGACCAGGUCUUCGCGUACGCCGACCCGGCGGUCCGCGCGUUCUGGGACCGCGCGACGGCGCUCGCCCGCGAGAUCGACGAGCAGCGCGUGCAGGCCGGCACGGAGCACCACCUCGUCGGCCGCGUGCUCGACGAACGCGUGCUGGUCGAUCGCUCCGUUGUUUUCCUCGCCGGGUCCGCGUCGAACGUGUCCAUCCGCUGGCAGCAGCGGCGCUUCAUCGGCGCAGGCUCCUUUGGCUCCGUGUACCUCGCGAUCAACCUCGACUCGAACACGCUCAUGGCCGUCAAGGAGGUCAAGUUCCAGGAGACAUCGGGCCUCACGAGCCUCUACUCGUAUAUCCGGGACGAGCUGCAAGUCAUGGAGAUGCUGCAUCACCCGAACGUCGUCGAAUACUACGGUAUCGAAGUCCACCGCGACAAGGUGUACAUCUUCGAGGAGUACUGUCAGGGCGGUAGUCUGGCGGCGCUCCUGGAACAUGGACGCAUCGAAGACGAGGGUAUCCUGCAGGUGUACACGUUGCAGAUGCUCGAGGGUCUGGCGUACCUGCACUCUCAGGAUGUCGUCCACCGCGACAUCAAGCCCGACAACAUUCUCCUUGAUCACAUGGGCGUUAUCAAGUACGUCGACUUUGGUGCGGCGAAGAUCAUCGCAAAGAAUCAACGCACCCUUCAGCGCACACGGCGGACGUCGGAUCCAGCACCCAGCGCAGCGAGCUCAGCCGCUGGCGCGGACCCCACGGCCACGCCGCUCCCCGGCGUCAACAACUCGCUGACGGGCACACCGAUGUACAUGUCGCCUGAGGUCAUCCGCAACAACCAGCGCGGACGCCAGGGUGCGAUGGACAUCUGGUCGCUCGGUUGUGUCGUGCUCGAAUGCGCGACGGGCCGCAAACCGUGGUCGAACUUGGACAAUGAAUGGGCAAUCAUGUUCCACAUCGGUGUUGCGACCCAGCACCCGCCCCUUCCCGAUCCCGGCCAGCUCUCCGACAUGGGCAUCGACUUCAUCCGCCAGUGCCUCACCAUCGACCCCGCGCACCGGCCGUCCGCGGUGGAGCUCAUGGACCACCCGUGGAUGCUCGACUUCCGCGAAAAGCUGCGCUCGUACGAGGAGGCGGAGUCCGGCGAGCCCGUGCCCCCCGUCACGUCCGCCGCCGCUGCCCCCGGGACCCCGAUAUUCGAGACCGUCGCGCGCCAGGCCGCGAUACUGCAGGAGCAGGAGACGGAGCUCAUCCGGGCCGCGAGCCCGAGCAUGUCCCCGCUCGCGACGCCGGAGGGCUCCGCCGAGGGCUCCUCCCCUGGGCUCGGAUACCCGCUGGACUCGUCUCCGUUCUCGUCGCCCUCGGACUCGAGCGGCGAGCUGCCCGCGCCCCCUCCGUCCGACUGA